AUGGCGGACGUGGAGAUGAAGGAAGCGGGCGCUUCGUCCAAGGGAAAGGGAGUGUCUAGGGGCCCCGAAGGUGCUGAUGGCAAGAAGAAGUUUGAGGUCAAGAAGUGGAACGCCGUUGCCCUGUGGGCUUGGGAUAUCGUCGUCGACAACUGCGCCAUUUGUCGCAAUCACAUCAUGGACCUCUGCAUCGAAUGCCAAGCAAACCAAGGUUCAUCAACAACGGAAGAGUGUACGGUUGCUUGGGGAAUCUGCAACCACGCCUUCCAUUUCCACUGCAUUUCGCGUUGGUUGAAGACUCGCCAGGUGUGCCCGUUGGAUAACCGAGACUGGGAGUUCCAGAAGUACGGCCGGUAA